UAGCUCGCUCUGCCCUCCGCCUCCUCCUCUCCGCCCACUCUCGCCGCGGUCUCCUGGCGGCGGCGGCUUUGUCUCGUGGGCUGGUCCCCAGCGGCUCCCUCUCCAACAGCUGCUGCCCGCGGGAGUAAGCCGCGCGGGUGCUGUCCAGCAUCCCGGUGCUGAAAACCGGAGGGCUCGUCAUCCACCACUACCAUGUAAGGGCCAUGAGAAGGGCUCGUCCUGGCGCAGCGCGGACAUGGAGGAGGACUUAUUCCAGCUAAGGCAGCUGCCAUACUUUCAUGGUGGAAGAUGCGGUGGAAGCCAUUGGCUUUGGAAAAUUUCAGUGGAAGCUGUCUGUUCUCACCGGCUUGGCUUGGAUGGCUGAUGCCAUGGAGAUGAUGAUCCUCAGCAUCCUGGCGCCACAGCUGCAUUGCGAGUGGAGGCUCCCAAGCUGGCAGGUGGCACUGCUGACCUCGGUGGUCUUUGUAGGCAUGAUGUCCAGCUCCACGCUCUGGGGAAAUAUCUCAGAUCAGUACGGCAGGAAAACAGGACUGAAGAUCAGUGUGCUGUGGACUCUGUACUACGGCAUCCUUAGUGCUUUUGCGCCUGUGUACAGCUGGAUCCUGGUGCUCCGGGGCCUGGUGGGCUUUGGGAUCGGAGGAGUCCCCCAGUCGGUAACGCUCUAUGCCGAGUUCCUUCCCAUGAAAGCCAGAGCUAAAUGCAUUUUGCUGAUUGAGGUAUUCUGGGCCAUCGGGACAGUGUUCGAGGUCGCCCUGGCUGUGUUCGUGAUGCCCAGCCUGGGCUGGCGUUGGCUGCUCAUCCUCUCGGCUGUCCCGCUCCUCCUCUUUGCCGUGCUGUGUUUCUGGCUGCCGGAAAGUGCAAGGUAUGAUGUGCUGUCAGGGAACCAGGAAAAGGCAAUUGCCACCUUAAAGAGGAUAGCGACGGAAAACGGAGCUCCCAUGCCACUGGGGAAACUCAUCAUCUCCAGACAGGAAGACCGAGGCAAAAUGAGGGACCUUUUCACGCCCCAUUUUAGAUGGACAACUUUGUUGCUGUGGUUUAUAUGGUUUUCCAACGCAUUCUCUUACUAUGGGUUAGUUCUACUCACCACAGAACUCUUCCAGGCAGGAGAUGUCUGCAGCAUCUCCAGUCGGAAGAAGGCAGUAGAGGCAAAAUGCAGCCUGGCCUGUGAGUACCUGAGCGAGGAGGAUUACAUGGACUUGCUGUGGACCACCCUCUCUGAGUUCCCAGGUGUCCUUGUGACUCUGUGGAUUAUUGACCGCCUGGGGCGCAAGAAGACCAUGGCCCUGUGCUUCGCCAUCUUCUCCUUCUGCAGCCUCCUGCUGUUUAUCUGUGUUGGAAGAAAUGUGCUCACUCUGUUACUCUUCAUUGCAAGAGCGUUUAUUUCUGGAGGCUUUCAAGCGGCAUAUGUUUACACACCUGAGGUCUACCCCACGGCAACACGGGCCCUCGGCCUGGGCACCUGCAGUGGCAUGGCAAGAGUGGGUGCUCUCAUCACUCCGUUCAUUGCCCAGGUGAUGCUGGAAUCCUCUGUGUACCUGACUCUGGCGGUUUACAGCGGCUGCUGCCUCCUGGCUGCCCUGGCCUCCUGCUUUUUGCCCAUCGAGACCAAAGGCCGAGGACUACAGGAGUCCAGCCACCGGGAAUGGGGCCAGGAGAUGGUCGGCCGAGGAAUGCAUGGUGCAGGUGUCACCAGGUCGAACUCUGGCUCUCAGGAAUAGUGACUGAUGGGGGACUGAGCUGGUCUUUGAGGCUGCAGAGCUCGGGGGGCUGGCAGGCCCCAACUGGGGCACUGAUUGCCAACAUCAAGAACUCACCCAAGAGUUUGACCUGGACCAACAGGGUUUUGUGUCUUGACUCAGUUUGCUCAUAUUCAUUGAGGUCCACCCAGGGGUGGGGAGGUAUUUGCUCUAGGGGGUUCUCUGUAUAUGUGGGGAAAGUUUUGUUCAUAACCUGUGGAUCUGCGUGGGAAAACUACCCAUAUUAGGAGGGUCUGGUGAUGCCAGCAACUAAUCAGACACCACCCAGAGUCACCUGGCCACACCUUCGGUGAAAUAACCAAAAGAUCUCUCUGUAGAUACCAUCCAGGCCCAGGCCCAUGUGACACCUGCCAGCCACCCACCGGACCUGUUCAGUAGGUUUCUCCCACACCCACAGCCCCAGGCUUUCUUCUUUGAAAUUGCAGGUGAUCUAGUGUGGUCUCAGCAGCUAUUUCCUGGCAGGGCCCCCUCUGUUUGCCUCCCUAGAGCCUGACCAGUGAAUUCUCUGGCAGAUGGACAUUGUGCAUUCAAACUGGAGCCACCUGCCCCAACCCAGGCCCCUCUGGAGUUGCCGUUGUUGGCGCCAAGAGAUCCAGAUGUGUCCCUGGGGACAGCUGGACUUGCACUGGGUGACAACCUCAGGAAUCUGUUACCCCCUGGGAACUGAGGACUGAGGUCAAAGGAAAGUGAAUCAAGCUCAAGCCAGAGCACGGGCCUCCCCUUCUGAAGCAGCCAAGGCCACGGUUGGGCUUCUUUCCUGACCCCCUCCUUGGUCAGGCUGAAUGGUGACUUUUUUUUUUGGAGACAGAGUCUUGCUGUGUCACCCAGGCUGGAGUGCAGUUGCACGAUCUUGGCUCAGUGCAACCUCUGCCUCCCGGGUUCAAGCAAUUCUCCUGCCUCAGCCUCCCAAGUAGCUGGGAUUACAGGUGCCCACCACCAUGCCCGGCUGAUUUUUGUAUUUUUAGUAGAGACGGGGUUUCACUAUGUUGGCCAGGCUGGUCUUGAACUCCUGACCUCAAGUGAUCUGCCCACCUUGGCCUCCCAAAGUUCUGGGAUUACAGGCGUGAGCCACCACACCCGGCCUGAAUGGUGACUCUUGAUGGGAAAAAGCUUACUCAGGUCCCAGGCACAAAAUCCAAAAUCCAGGGCUUUGGGUUUUGUGUAGAUGGCUGAGUGGGCAGAGAAACCAAAAGGAUGCUACACCCACCAUCUCGUCCCGUGGGGAUGCAAAGCUGCUCCUCUGUCCAGGGCCUUCUUGGUCAUUACACAAAGGCAGCCCCUGGGGUUCCACUCAUAGAGCCUGGCAUGGAGUGGAGAGGGGCGAGAGGACUCAGGUGUGUGAAAUGUGUAUGUUUUCAAAGAAAUGGGAGGGAGGCCAACUGGGUUUUGAGUUGGUCUCUGCAGGCAACGUCACUUCCGGGGAUAGUUUACUGAAGCCUUUUUUGCCCAUGCUGAAGGCAGGGGACCUAGACAAGGAGGGAGGGAGCUGGCAGAUCCCAUCAAAGGCUGGAGCAGACUGACCUACUGCUUGAAGUAAACAUUGCAAGGAAGUCAACGUGUGUGUUCAUCUCCUAUUAAAACAUGUCAGUGAUGGACAUCGCAAGAGUCUAAGUUUAUUCAUUGUCAUCACGUCCUAGUGACAGUCCAGCCUAACGGUCUAGCUACCUUUGCUCAUCGGAACUCAUCUCAAUGCUUUGGGAUGAUCAUCUCCUUUCCAACAGUGGGGAAAGAUGCGCCGUUGACUGCCAACAUUGUGGCUGAGCCUGUUGGAGACAAUGCUUUCUUCUAAUGGUGUGCAGGUCAUGAUGGGGGACUUCUUCAAGCUCAAGUUCUAGAUCAACUGCAAACAAUACUGUGUCUCUAACAUAUGGAUUACAGCCCCCUCGGCCCAGGCAGUUGGAGAGGAGGCGGCUUGGCAGAUCCCUGCCUCUCUCUGACAACCACAUUUUCUUGAACCACGUGUGGCUGUAGCUCGCAUUAUUUCUGGACAGCUGAGCUCUCUUGGGUAACACAGAAUUGUUGCUUGUCUCUUUUGCCUUCCGGCUGGUCAGAUGCUGCUGGAUGAUCGUGUCCGCUCCCUCACCCUAGAAUAACCCAGUGAGCUGGGGGCUGGUGGGGGAAGAGUACUUGGUGGGCAGGAAUAUUUCCCAGGGAAUGGGGUAAAGGGGUUUACACUUGAGGGCUUUCUCUACAUGAGAAAAUGAAAGUUAAAAACUCUUUGCCUUCUAAAUAGCCUGCCCUUUU